AAAUAAACAUGGCCACUGAUGAUCGCGUCUCUGCGCAUGUGCGAUCUUCCAUGGCUGUCUGGACCGGGAACCGGAGCCUGAGAUCUGGCGAAAAAGACCAGAAUACAGACAUCUAAUGAUUUACAGAAGUGAGAAAUGAAAGGGCAGCAGAAAGCGUCAGAGAUUGAGGAGGGCACAGUCCGCGUGCAGGAAGGUGCAGUGGCCACAGGGGAGGACCCCACCAGUGUCGCCAUUGCCAGCAUCCAGUCAGCCGCCACCUUCUCAGACCCCGGGGUGAAAUAUGUAUUCCGUGCAGACAGCGGCGGCACACAGGUCAUGUACAGGGUCAUCCAGGUGGCGGAGAGUCAGCUGGAUGGACAGACGGAGGGCACCGGGGCCAUCAGUGGCUUCCCCGCAGCACAGUCCAUGACUCAGGCCGUCAUCCAAGGGGCGUUUACCAGCGAGGAUGCCGGGGAGAGUGACACCGCCACCACCGAGACUCACUACACUUACUUUCCCACUGCUGCAGUGGCAGACACCAGCACAGCGGUCGGAGCCGGCGCCACCACUGUGGUAACCACACAGAACAGCGAGGCCCUGCUGGGCCAAGCAGCUACCGCCGGUGCGGGUCAGUUUUUUGUCAUGAUGUCUCCACAAGAUGUCCUGCAGGGGGGAGCGCAGCGAUCCAUUGCACCCCGGACUCACCCGUACUCCCCGAAAUCAGACGGUCCUCGUACCACACGUGAUGAGAAGAGGAGAGCACAGCAUAAUGAAGUGGAGCGCCGCCGCCGGGACAAGAUCAACAACUGGAUCGUUCAGCUCUCCAAGAUCAUCCCAGACUGCUCCAUGGAGAAUACCAAGUCUGGCCAGAGUAAGGGAGGCAUCCUGUCUAAAGCCUGCGACUACAUCCAGGAGCUGCGCCAAGGGAACCUGCGCCUGUCCGAGGACCUGCAGAAUGUGGAGCAGCUGCAGAUGGACAAUGAGGUCUUACGGCAACAGGUGGAGGAUCUGAAGAACAAGAACCUGAUUCUCCGAGCCCAGCUCCAACAUCACGGAGUGGAAAUUGUCAUCAAGAACGACACCCGCUGACGGAGCCGCCCCGGAGCCUGAUGGACAGCGGACCAAGAAUUCCCAGCCUGCACCCAGUAUCCUGUCCAGCCGCGUGAACGAUAGCGCACUGUAAAUACGCCGGGAGGAGACUUGUGGGACGAGCUGUAGAAAUGUAUAUUUGUCAAUUUUUUGUACCUGUCGUUGUGCUGACCCCACCCCCUCUGAGGUCACCGUUUUUAUUAUAUUCAAUUGUGCUGUACAGUC